AUGUCCAUCAAGUCGACGUUGGGCUCGCUAGUGCGCAACCGCAAGGUGCUUUUCCUUUUGUUUGUGGGGCUCUUCUUCACUGUCUCUGUCCACACAUUACACGGCCAGGGCAUCACCGUCCAGUACAAGGAGAUUCUGCCUCACAACCAGGUACUCACGUACGCUCCCAUUUCCCAGACGAUCGCUGAUAACUACUUAGUCACCGAUGUCCAGAUCCGCAAGUGCAUGAAGGGCUUUUCGUGUCUGGCGCCCAAGCCGUCCUCAUCUAAGAGUACGUGGCACAAGAUCGACACCAAGUUGAACUUACACGAGAUUUCCUUUUCUUCUUACAAUUACUAUAUGUAUGUGGAGAAGACCCACGGGCCAGACGCGUCUGUUUUCGUCACCGACGUGCAAUUCAACCCGAGUGACAAGGCUCCCAACGACAAAAACAAGUGGAAAAAGCACAAGGUCACCAGCAACCUUUACGUAUGGAUCAACUACAUGGAGCAACCAGACUUUGAGACUCCUUAUAUUCGUGAUGUCAACUUGCUUUUUGGAACUCACGACAUGAAGGACACCAGAGAACACUGGAAGUUCAACCCGGCACCCAUUGCAUUGCCCAUGAAACAGUCUGUACAACCUCAUGCUUCGCUCUUGGCAAUCUCUGUGAAUGACGAGAUGCCAAUCAUCAAUUCGGCAACGGAAUUUGAGAGCAUUCUCAAAAAGAAUAGCUUGAUAACCACGAGGGAGCCAAAAUUCAAGAUUGCCCAACUCAGUGAUUUGCAUAUUGGUCUGGACCAAGGUAGGUGUUUUGGCGAGGAAUGUAAGUUUGAUAGCGGAACAUUGGACUUCAUCAGCCUGGCGCUUGAAAGCGAAGGCGAUAUCAAGUUGGUGGUCAUUACUGGCGACUUGAUUGACAUUGAGCGCGUGAAGCAUAUUGAUUCUGCAGUGUUGAAGGCGUUGUCGCCAAUCUUGGCUCUCAAGAUCCCCUUUGUCUUCACAUUUGGUGACUCUGACUGGGAUUGGAACAACUAUCACACCAAAAUCAACAUCUUGAACUUUGUGUCCAGCUUGCCAAAUUGCUACAACAAGGAUGUCUCUCAGGCGGAUCACCGCAUGCACGGGUUGACCAACUACAACAUCAAGGUGUACCGUGAACCGCCAGCUUCAGAUGACAACAAGUAUGACUACAACAAACUCGAUCUCGGAAAUCCAGAUGCCAUCGUGACAGUGUUGGACUCUGAAUUCGCCGAGGUUGACGCUACUCAGAGCAACUUCAUGUACAGAGUUACACUGCACUUAUCACCUGACAUGAACCACAGGCUAUUGUUCUUUCACUACCCGCUCCCCAACUUCCGCCCAGACAAGCAGUUCAAGCUCAUCGGCUCAUACAACGAGAAACAUAAACUCGAGACUCCUACAGACAGGAAGUUCCUCAUAGAUGCUAUUGACUGUGGCUACAAGGCGAUUUCCGUCGGCCAUGAGCAUGAGAACGACGCAUGUAUAUGGAAGACGGAGCUGAACAAGGACGUGUUGCUCUGCUACAGUGGUAUUGCCGGCGAGUCCGGUAUCACGAAACUCGAAAAAGAUUUUUCUAGAAGAUUCAGAAUCUUCCAGAUCGACUUCGACAACAACAACAUCUUAAGUUGGAAGAGAACCGCAAAGGAACCCUUUGACCCACAAGCUAUCUGGCCCCUUGGGCAGUAA